UGCGCGUGAGAGAAUAACAACAGUUUAAAACUCUCGGAGUGUCUCGCGCACUAGCUGUGUUGUCGCUAGCUCUGUGUGUGUUGUGUGUGAGUGCGUGUUUUUCUCCGCCAUUAUGAGUGUGCACAAAGCCGAGCUGUGUGAUUCUUUACUCAGCUGGCUGAGGACGUUUCAGGUGCCGUCGUGUGCGAGCAAACGAGACCUGACCGACGGGGUGGCUGUCGCUCACGUGCUGCACAAAAUAGACCCGUCCUGGUUUAAUGAGACGUGGCUGGGGAGGAUAAAGGAGGAGACCGGAGACAACUGGAGGAUCAAGGUCAGCAACCUAAAGAAGAUCCUACAGAGCAUGCUGGAAUAUUACCAUGACGUGCUUGGGCAGCAGGUAGGAGACGAGCAUGUUCCGGAUGUUUCUCUCAUCGGGGAGAUGGAGGACGUGACGGAGCUGGGUCGGUUGGUGCAGUUGGUGCUCGGCUGCGCAGUCAGCUGCGAGAAGAAGCAAGAACACAUUCAGCAGAUCAUGACCCUAGAGGAGUCGGUCCAGCACGUCGUCAUGACUGCCAUACAGGAGUUGCUUACCAAAGAGCCCAUGGAGUCCGCAGGCACAGACACAUACGGAGACUUUGAUCAUCAGUCGAGGAAGUAUUAUUUCCUGAGCGAGGAGCUGGACGAGAAGGACGAUGCGUCUCAGCGCAGCAGAGAGCUCGAGCAGCAGCUGUCUGUACUGAUGGAGGAGAAGUCCUCACUGCAGACUGAGGUCCAGAUGUUAAAGGAGAGACUAAGUCACUGUGAACCUCAGGACGCCUCUACCACCAUCACAGGAAAGAAGCUGCUAUUGCUUCAGAGCCAGAUCGAGCAACUGCAGGAUGAAAACUAUAGACUGGAGAACAGCCGUGAUGACCUGCGUGUGCGAGGUGACAUCCUGGAGAGAGAAUUAGCCACCGUGCAGCAUCGCAACGAGGAGUUAACGAGACUUGCCCAGGAGGCUCAGAGUCUCAAAGAUGAGAUGGACAUCCUUCGACACUCGUCGGACCGCGUGAGCCGCCUGGAGGCACUGGUCGAGACGUACAAGCGUAAGCUGGAGGAUUUGGGAGACCUGCGCAGACAAGUGCGUCUGCUGGAAGAAAAGAACACCGUGUACAUGCAGCGUACCUGCGAACUGGAGGAGGAACUGCGUCGGGCCAACGCAGGACGCACACAACUGGACUCCUACAAGAGACAGGUGCACGAGCUUCACACCAAACACUCCUCUGAGGCUGUGAAGGCAGAAAGAUGGCAGUUUGAGUACAAAAACCUUCUUGACAAAUAUGAGGCUCUGCUGAAAGAGAAAGAGAGGUUGAUAUCGGAGCGGGACACACUGAGAGAGACGAACGAGGAGCUUCGCUGUGUUCAGGUCCAACAAAAGUGCCUCAGUCAGGCAGGUUCUCUGGGUUCUGACAGCAGCACAGCGGGUAACUUGGCAUCUGAGAUCAUGCCCACAGAGUUCAGGGAGACGGUGUUACGGCUUCAGAACGAGAAUAAGAUGCUGUGUGUCCAGGAGGAGACGUACAGACAGAGGCUGGGUAAGGUGCACGUCCAGCUUGAGGAGGCACAGCGCAGCAGGAACACACUCCAGACCCAGAACAGGUUGAGUCAACAGCAGAUAGCCGAGCUGCUUUCUCAGGUCGAGGACCUACAGAAAGCUCUACAGGAGCAGGACAGCAAAUCUGAGGAUUCGUCUCUGCUGAAGAAAAAACUGGAAGAGCAUCUAGAAAAGCUGCAUGAAGCACAUUCUGAUCUGCAGAAGAAACGUGAGGUGAUUGAUGACCUGGAGCCUGGUGUAGACAGCAACAUGGCGAAGAAGAUCGAUGAACUCCAGACGAUUCUGAGAAAGAAGGAUGAGGACAUGAGACAGAUGGAGGAGAGAUACAAGCGCUACAUGGAGAAAGCACGGACCGUGAGCAUACACACUGUGAUAAAGACUCUGGACCCGCAGCAGAAGCCCAUGUCUGUGGCUCCUGAGGUUCAGGCUCUGAGAAACCAGCUGUCUGAGAGAGACAGGAGAAUCAAGCAUCUGGAGCAUGACUUUGAGAAGAGCCGGUCCAGACAUGAUCAGGAGGAGAAGCUGAUCAUCAGCGCCUGGUACAACAUGGGAAUGGCUCUCCAUCAGAAGGUGACAAAUGAGCGCACUGGUGUUCCUGGUCAGGCUCAGUCCUUCCUCGCCCAGCAGAGGCAGUUCACACAGGCACGGAGAGCCCUGAGCGCUCGCCUGCAGCCCAGAUAACACACACACACACACACACACACACACACACAGGGUGAGAGGGUUUAAAAUAAGACACAGUGUGUCUCUUGUCUUAAACUCUCCUCUCUCUGCUCUGCUGCGAGACACUUCCCGUUUCCCCCGGAGGAUGUGACCCUACACACUGCUGACAAGCGGGAACCUCGUCGUCCGUCCUCUUCCUCUCCUCUUCCUCUCCUCUCCCGAAGGAAAGCUCUUUCAGUCGUUAAUUGCCGAGACGUUUUCGAAUCGCUCUGCGUUUUUUAAUCAGUCUGUAAUCAGGGAAUUAACGGAAGGUUGUUUUAAUUAAGUCGUUUUUGUUGUUGCGCUUUACUUCCUUUUCGCUUCGCUUUAAGCCGAUCAGUGUUGGAGCUCAUCAUAGAGACGUGUGAUCUGUCGUUCACCUGAGACUGAACCGAUCUGAACAUUUCACCUCGUUAGUUUUCGUUUUUUUAUCCGUUUUAACUGUUUCUAGAUUUACUUUUAGACUUUUAGGCUUUUCUUCUUCUCCUUAAUAUUAUCAUUAUUAUUAUUAUUAUUAUUGUUGUUGUUAUUAUUGUUGUUCUAAUUAUUAUUACCAACAACACUAUUUUUUUUCUCUUUGUUUUUUCUUAAUCUAUCGGUCAUUUAGCACCUUAGCUAACAGAGUAAACGGUUGAAGUAGCUUUACUUUAGUACUUUAGAAGAUGACGCUGUGUUUGUGGUGACACUGUGAGGGUGAACGCAGCUCGUGCCUUCGUCUCGGCUCCUGGAGAUCUCGCUGGUCCACGGACGGACCGUCUGUAGCCUAGAAACAAAACACCAGCCUGCCGAUAUUAUGCUGCUCCGUACUUCAAUCGUCAAGCUGGAGUGUUUCUGAAAGGAACUGCGGACCCUGACACACUAACACACCCGUUUGUGUCCUUCACUCUGGUCAAGUAAAGCUGUUGUGAUCAGAGUGUCACUGACGACACGGGCAACAUGAACUGUACAUGAAGAAACACUAAACACCCAAACAAACACUAACCAGGACUACUGAAGGUGUACAGACAUGUAACUAAUAUUAUGACUGGGGGGAAGCUUUAGAUUAAAAAGGGUUUUCUUUUUCACACACAUGAGAAUACCAAAGUGAAAUGGGUUUUUUUUCACCUUUUUUCUUUUCUUUUUGUAUAAGCUGUGAAUUGAAGGCACCUUCGUGCUGUUAAGAUUUAACACUAAACUGUUUUCUGGCUCCAAAGCGCUUGAGCAAGAAAUCUGAUGUGCCUCGUACUGUACGAGGGUCUGAGUGACCUGCUCUAGUGCGUGUGUGUGUCUGUGUGUGUGUCAGUGGGUGUGUGUGUGUGUGUCGGUGUGUGUGUGUCAGAGUAUGUGUGUCGGUGUGUGUCGGUGUGUGUGUGUGUCGGUGUGUGUGUGUGUCUCGGUGUGUGUGUGUGUGUGUCGGUGUGUGUGUGUCAGUGGGUGUGUGUGUGUCGGUGGGUGUGUGUGUGUCGGUGUGGGUGUGUGUGUGUCGGUGUGGGUGUGUCGGUGUCGGUGUGGGUGUGUCGGUGUCGGUGUGGGUGUGUCGGUGUGGGUGUGUGUGUCGGUGUGGGUGUGUGUGUGUCGGUGUGGGUGUGUGUGUGUCGGUGUGGGUGUGUGUGUGUCGGUGUGGGUGUGUGUGUGUGGGUGUGUGUGUGUCGGUGUGGGUGUGUGUGUGUCGGUGUGGGUGUGUGUGUGUCGGUGUGGGUGUGUGUGUGUCGGAGUGUGUGUGUGUGUGUGUGUUUUGGAGCUUUAACGUCUCUUAGUGAAACACUACAAUAUGAAUGUGGGGUGUGUGUGUGUUUACACUGGACACUUGUUUCAUACUGAGGUGUGUUAAUUAUAUGUGGUUAUUAGUUUUGGUGUGUGUGUGUUGUUAUGACUACAGCGGGGGAGGGGAUGACGACUCGACACUCAGUUUGUACACCACAUUAAUGUUCGGUGUUUUUGCCCUGAAAUAAAGACCUGAUGAACAGAUGGUUCCAGAAAGCAGAA